UAAAGUACUUGUAUCAAAAUGAAGAGUCAAUGAAAACACCAUUGUGUUAAUGAUGUUGCCAGUGCAAUAAAAUUCGUUAGUAUUAUUUAACUAAUGUAUUGUUAAAUAGUGACUACUUAUGUUUUUGUAAAUAUCGACAUGUUAUAAAUUAAGUUGUCACAUGUUUAGCCAAUAAAUGCAAUUACAAUCAAUUGCAUUUACACAAUUUUUUACGCGUUAUUUUAUUUUCAACGAUUAAAACUUCACUUAUUAAUAGCAAAUGAUGAAAUAAGAGAAAUAAUAAAAAUUAUAAUUUUAAAUUAAGAUUUAAAAAUGCAACACGUAGUCAUCAAGCAGCAAUUAAUAAUUAUUUUACUCCAUCUUUUGUUUAAAAGUCUUCCGCGAUAUUUGUAUUUGUAAAAUAAAAAUUAAUAUUAUAUUUAUAAUGAAGUUAAAUGUAUGUAAUGUAAAUAAACUAUGUUUAAGUACGAGUGUAUGUUUAAGUUGUUAUAUUGAAAGUGUAAACGAAGCUGAUGAUUCGAGUGUGUUAAUUUGUUAAUUUCUAGUGCGAUCUGACAUUGUUGAAAUAAACAAAACAAUUAUGUACUUACACAAUUCGUUUUAUUAUAAUGGAAGUAAUGACCUUCAUAGUCAAGCAUUAGUAGAUUAAGGCUGCACAAUUAUAACAUUUUAUAAUUAAUUGAUUAAUAAUUCAUUGCAUUUGCACAACAUGAAACAGUGGCGUUAGUUUUUGACGAUCAUAAUAUUAAGUCCAUCACCCGUGUCAAUACCACUAGGCAUAGGAUUUGAAGUAAUUCUUGCUUACAAUAUGUCUAAAACAAAAACAACAAUAUGUAAAGAGUUGAUAAAAGAUUAUUGUGCUAACUGCACUUUUGCUGGCAUACAUUAUAUUGCGGAUGACAAUAAACAUGUGACUGAGAGGUUACUUUGGCUGGUGCUUGUUAUUUUAUCCUGGUACGGGUCUGCGCUCCUCAUCAUAUCGGCUUGGGAUGCCUUCCGCCAGAGUCCUAUCAGCUUCGGCCUGGAGACCACCUACACAGAAUGGGAAACAAAAAUGCCAACAGUAGCCAUUUGUGAAAUAGCUAACAAUCCAAAAAUAUUCAACGUUUCGGAUACGAUCUGGCCUCCCGGCCAUCUAUUGGACUUAGAAGACGCGCUGAAGGAGAUCGUCUACUUUCGAGGAGUAACCUACGUUCUCGUUGGCACGUGCUACAAAAACCCGGACCCUGACCCCUUGUGCCCUCAGUCCAACUACACAUACUAUGCAAACCUAGUGCGAAGCGACUGCACUAAGAUUAUCAAGAAUUGCACGUAUAACGAUGAAGAGUUUCCUUGCUGUGAAUACUUCCAGCCCAUAGAAACUGAUAUUGGACCGUGUUUCAUUUUAAAUUCCAUUCAGACAAAGAAACCACGGCCAUACCCGAUGGUAAAUAAUUUGCAAAAUCUGCGAGGAGUCAUUAAAUUCGAUUCCUAUUUGACGACAAUGAUGUAUACCCUUGGAGAGGACGAGGUGCCAACUGUGACCACUCUGCACUCCUCUACAUUAAAGCUACAACCAGGCUAUAUUUAUCGACGUAUACUAUCAGUGCGGAACAUAGAAAACGAUCCCCUGAUUACGGAGACGACGUCGGAGCAGCGCGCAUGCCGAUUCCACCACGAGAACGAAGAUGGCCUGUAUCCUCACUACUCGUACAGUGCGUGCACUGUCCUCUGUCGCAAGAGAGCACAGCUCGAGUCGUGCCAGUGCAACGAUCACUUCAUACUCGGCACCACUGAAGAAACUCGUUGUAAUUUAACGGGAAUGGCUUGUCUUAACACCCUGUCUAGUCACUUGACUACACUGAAGCCACCGUGGGCCAACCGUCCCGGACUCUCAUGCAACUGUCUGCCUUCAUGCGAUGAAACUGAAAUUACAGUUAUUAAGGAUGUUUCUAUACCGGUUAAAGGCAAAGGUCAUAAAAAGAAGGCACGCGUUGAAAUAAUACUCGCUUAUUUGCCCACUGAAAGAUUCAAAAGAAACGUUGUUCGAAGCCGGUUGGAUUUAGUUGUGUCAGUAGGAGGUACAACAGGGCUAUUUGUUGGUGCCAGCCUGCUGAGCUUCGUCGAACUAUUUUUCUUCUUCACCGUUCGUUUCAUUAGUAACGUCUGGAUGGAGAGGAAGAAGACUGAGAAUGUCCUAGCUGUCAAACCUUCUACAACACCUAUUACACAUGAAGUUGAAAACCUUGAAGAAAUUCCCUCAGUCGAUGUUAACACAGAACUGCUACAAGAAGCAUAUGUUACGAGUGGUGUGCCAACAUUGUCACCAAAGAUUAACAAUACUGGAAUCAUCAAAUUAAAGUAA